UAGAAAUAGUUUUUUUUAAUUAAGAUUAUAAUAAUAGAUUUGUUCUAAAAUGUAAUCAAAAUAAUAGGUUUGUUCUAUCUAACGUAAGUCUUUUGCUAAAAACUAUUGCUACAACUAUUUUUUUUUUAAAUCUCAGAUACUGAAUUGACGGUUCAUCAAUGAUUCAAAUUCUGAACGGGUCAUCAACAGCCGAUUGUCCCGCCGAUAUGUCACCGAACGAACGAUAUGUCACCUUAACUUAGUAUCGGAGAUUAAAAAACAGGUUUCUAAGGUACUUUAGUUUUCCUUCGGUGCAUACUUUAUAAUUAUAUUAUACUUGCUACUACUAUAGUGUGACCAUUACCGCUGUGCACUGCGGGGGACGUGCGGGGCGGGGCCGCCACGAGCGUGCCAGAGCGUGUUAAGAACAUAAAGUUUCUAAACGUAUGUUUUGUGUCUAUGGUUAAUCUGUAUCCGUUUCCUUUUGUUCUUCUACAAUAAAUCUCCUCAAGUGCAUACACGGGUUUUAGUUUACGCCCUAUUAUCACCAAAUAACUUACCAGUAAUUUGUUCAUGGUCCAUCACCGGUUAAAGUGAUAAUAACAACGCAAAAAUUUCAAAAAAAAGUGUGGUGUAAAAGUCAUUCUUCAAGAAUUUUUAUUGUUGCAAAUGUAAACUGCGAGUGCCGCGUGUGUGACGGAGUCAUAAGCACCUACUUUAAUAUAAUUAUUAUUUGGGUGCAUUGUAAGGAGCAAAGUGUACAGUGCAAUCGAACCUAAUAUUGCUCUGUGCAUCAAUAUUCGUCUAUACGUCUAUACGUACAAGCACGUACAAGUGAUUGUGAAAAUAUUGCUGCAAAACAAAUUGCGUUUGCGUUUCAUUGUGGCGCCAUCUUGCCAUUGACGUCUUUCCAAACAAGACAUCAUUUCAAUUUCCCGCCUAAGGAGGUUGCUACACGAUUGUCAGCAGAGGGCGCCACGUUAGCAGAAAAGGCGCUAACUUCACAUCAUCUACGACGAGUCAAAACCAUGGAGGAAGUUCCUAUCAUCACCGCUAGUUGCAAUUUUGGUGCAAACUUGGCGCUACUGUCGGGCGUUUGCUAACCAAUCACAGCGCAGUGUCUACUGUCUACGAGGUCUAUGGUCUACAACUAACUUCACACUGACGCUCAUACGCCUACGGGUUUACGUUAAAAUUAAGAAAUCAAUUUGUUCACUCGCCAUAUUGUUUCCGAAUUUGUAAUAAUUUCUGCUAUUGAGAAAGAAAAGUUACUAAUACCUAUUUCUUGCUUACAAUUGUAACAUAAACUAACAAGUAUUAUAAAUUAAGUUAACAAGUAACAACAUAAACCAUCUCACAAUGGAAAAGGUAAACAUUCACAAGAGGGGGACAUGCAAGGGAACCCUCACAAGGAUGAAAAAUAAAUUAACGCCAGAUUACAUCAAGGAAUGUUCAUCACAAAUGCUAUCUUUAAUGGAGGAAAGAAUAAGAACUUAUUUCGGUGAGUACGAACAAUUAAACUCAGUAAUUGGGGAUGACGAAGACCCAACAGAAACCGAGGAGUGUUUCUUCCAUUGCAUCGAAUUAAUUCGUUGUGAAAUUUCUGAUAGGAACCGUGUAGGGGAGGGACAAGUUAGGACAAACAUCACAAGUUCUAAGGUAAAGCUACCUGAUGUUCAAAUAAAACCCUUCGAUGGGAAUUACCUAGAAUAUCGUCCUUUCAUUGAAAUGUUCACAGCUCUUAUCCACAAUGACACAAUGACUGAUGAUGUACAAAAACUAUUUUAUCUGCGCAGCUACCUUAAGGGUGAACCUUACGAUUUCAUUAAAAACUUACCAGUGGUAGGCACAAGCUAUGUAGAAGCACUAACAAUUCUAAAAAAUCGUUAUGAUAACACAUGCAGGAUUAUUUAUGAGCACAUCUUCUGCUUAUUUGAUUUGGCCGGCAUGGAGGGCUAUUCUAAUGCCUCCAGUUUAAGACAGCUAAUCUCACAAGUUAAGCAGAACAUUGCUGCAUUAAAGAACUUAGGGGAGGCCGUCGAUCAGUGGGAUAAUGUGAUGGUUUGCUUGCUUAUUAGGAAAAUUGACUCUGAGAGUAGUAAAGCUUAUUAUUUGCAACAUAAUAACAAUGCAAAGCCUACAUUGAGCGAAUUUCUAACAUUUCUAGAGCAACGGGCCUUUGCCCUCGAGAGCAUGGAAGGUAAAAGAGAAACACAAAGUGUUUCUAUGCCGAGGAAACUUCAGGUGUCCAACGUGGUUGUGAAGGAAGCAAAAUGCCUGUACUGUGGUGCUUCUGCCGCAGCCUGAGAAGCUCCAACAACGUGAUGCUACACAACCCUGCUUCGUACACACACACUUUGGAUAUGUAGUAGGAGGUAGUCUCCCGAGCUCAACUCAACAAGGAACUGCUGUUUCAUUAUUUUGCCAAGAAUGUGAAACUGACAUUGGUAAAACAGUAAGUGGCUUUUGGAAAACUGAAUCUGUGCCUGAAAUAUUUGCAGAACAUACGUCUGAGCAACUAUAUUGUGAAAAGUAUUUUGAGGAAACCAUU